AGAAUUUAGACAUACUGUGAGUGAUAUGUGAACAUUCAUACAGACUCAAUGAUAUAGUAGGUGAAACUGAUGAUGUAGUGGAGAGAGAAGAAGUUGAGGGAAGACGUAGAGGGAGGACCAGGCGGUAGUGAAGAUGGCUGGAACUAGAGAAUCCUAGAAUGAUGGCUGAAUCUGAAUGUGGAUAUCUCAGAAUGGAUGACCAAGAAAACCGCCCAAUAUUUGUAGUAGGAGAUGAUUCCACUUUCAGUCAGCUUUAUAUGGAAAGCCAUGAAGAUAUUGCCGCCAUCACAGUGGGCGUGUGCGCCAUGGCCAAGAAGUGUAACUCUAAACCUAUGCGUGAGAUUCUACAACGCCUGGAGUUGUUUGAACACAUCAAGACUCUGGUUUUUGAGGAGGAUGUCAUCCUUAAUCACCCUAUUGAGGAUUGGCCAGUUGUUGAUGUCCUCAUCUCUUUCUUCUCCCAAGGCUUUCCCCUUGAUAAGGCCAUUGCGUAUAAGAAUCUCCGCAAGCCGUACAUAGUGAAUGACUUGGAGGCACAGAAGAUCCUAUUAGACAGGAGAUUGGUCUAUGAAAAGUUGGAAGCAGAAGGUAUCAUUCAUCCUAGAUAUGCCAUACUAAACAGGGAGGGAAAUGGAACAGCCAAAUGUCAGUACACCGAUGCAGAGGACUGUAUAGAGGUGAAUGGUGUUGUGUUUCACAAACCGUUCGUGGAGAAGCCUGUGUCUGCUGAGGACCACAAUGUAUAUAUCUACUUUCCUGUGGCAGCUGGUGGAGGAAGUCAGCGACUGUUUAGGAAGGUUGGACCCCGCAGCAGUGCCUAUUACCAAGUAAAUCGUGUGCGACAGACCGGCUCCUACAUCUAUGAGGACUUCAUGCCUACAGAUGGAACAGAUGUGAAGGUAUAUACAGUUGGUCCUGAUUAUGCACAUGCUGAGGCGAGAAAGUCACCAGCUUUAGACGGGAAAGUAGAGCGAGAUAAGGAUGGCAAAGAAGUGAGAUUUCCAGUGAUUCUGAGUGCUAAAGAAAAACUCCUGGCCAGGAAAGUGUGUCAGGCAUUCAAGCAAAACGUGUGUGGCUUCGAUCUUCUCAGAGCCAGCGGCAAAUCUUAUGUCUGUGAUGUCAACGGGUUUAGCUUUGUGAAAAACUCAAUCAAGUAUUAUGAUGACUGCGCAAAAAUACUAGGGACAAUGAUAAUGCGUGCACUUGCCCCACAAAGACACAUACCUUGGGUUUUAGGAGCAGCCCCAGAGGAUAUUCCUGUUGUCCCAACCACAUCUGGCUCCAUGAUGGAGCUGAGGACAGUUGUAGCAGUGAUCAGACAUGGUGACCGUACACCAAAACAGAAAAUGAAAAUGGAGGUCAAACACAAAAAAUUCUUUGAUCUCUUCAAGAAAUAUGAUGGCUAUCGGAAUGGACAUUUAAAACUUAAGAAACCAAAACAACUCCAGGAGGUUCUAGACAUCGCCCGAUUUUUAUUGUCAGAGCAACAAUCAUCAUCAGAUCCAGAAAUAGCAGAGAAGAAAGCUAAGCUACAGCAGCUGAAACUAGUCUUAGAAAUGUGGGAUUUUCAUCACAAUUUCGAAAAACAGGCCAGCACUUUCUUGUGUUCAUCAGAAAAGUAUGGACAUUUUUCUGGAAUCAAUAGAAAAGUUCAACUCAAGUACCAACCCUAUGGUCAUCCAAAGAAAUCGUCGAGUGAGGAAGAUUUGAAUGGUGAGAUUGAACAUUGCAGUUUUGAUGAGUGUGAUAACUGUGAAAACAAUGACUCUCCACGCCAGCCGUCUUUAUUGUUGAUAGUGAAGUGGGGAGGGGAGUUAACUCCGGCUGGAAAAAUACAAGCAGAAGAUUUAGGCAAAGCUUUCAGGACGCUAUAUCCUGGUGGACAAGGCCAGUUUGAGACACCAGGUUUAGGAUUCCUUCGCCUUCACAGCACUUUCCGACAUGACCUCAAAAUCUAUGCUUCUGAUGAGGGACGUGUCCAGAUGACUGCAGCAGCUUUUGCUAAGGGGUUGCUGGCCUUGGAAGGGGAGCUAACUCCAAUCUUAGUACAGAUGGUGAAGAGCGCUAAUACUAAUGGACUAUUGGACAAACAGGGUGAAACCUCCAAGUACCAACACAUAGUCAAAGAACGACUGAUGAGCAUGUUGAAUGUGAACAAGGAGUUUGAUGAAGUUGACUAUGAAAAGUUGGCCCCGACACGGACAGACUCCUUGAGUCGUGCCCUGAAGUAUAUCUACAACCCACAGAAGAUGUGCCGUAAUAUCCAUGAUAUGGUGAAGGAACUGACCGCUCAAAUACGCCGACUCAAGAUGGAGCACCGACACAGAGAACUCAAACUUUACAAUGGAGAAUCAUGGGAGUUGCUGAUUCGUCGCUGGGCAAAACUAGAAAAAGAUUUCAGGAUGAAGGAUGGCCGUUUCGACAUCAGUAAAAUCCCUGAUAUCUACGACUGUAUUAAGUACGACCUACAACAUAAUCAAUCCACGCUUCAAAUCAAGAAAGCUGAGGACCUGUUCAAAUGUUCACGGGCUAUGGCUGAUAUUGUUAUACCACAGGAGUAUGGUAUCACUGUUGGAGAGAAACAACACAUCUCCCAGAGCCUGUGUACACCACUGAUGAGAAAGAUCAGGAGUGAUCUACAACAGUGUGUUUGUCCAUUUGAAGAUGAAGAGGGAGAAAGUACUCGUCUCAAUUCCAAAUAUUCCAACAAUGUGGCAUCACCGGAGAGGUUUGUAAGGACCCGGCUGUACUUCACCAGUGAGAGCCACAUCCAUUCCCUCCUCAACAUGCUGCGAUAUGGAGGACUCUGUGGGGACAAAACAGAUUCCCAAUGGUCUAAAGCUAUGGAUUAUGUGAGUGAACUAUCAGAGCUGAACUACAUGACACAGAUUGUGAUUAUGAUGUUUGAGGACCCCAGUAAGGAAAUCUCGUCAGACGAGCGGUUUCAUGUGGAGCUCCACUUUAGUCCAGGAGCGUAUACCUGUGGGGAAAAGAUUCUCGAUUUCCCUGUGGGUCGUGGUUAUCAUACACUGUCGAAAAAGGAGAAGCGUCUAAGCACAGGAGAUGACACAAACGAAACAAACGAACAGGUUGCCAUGGACACGCUGACCCCAGGGGAUGACGGACAGAGGAUGACCUACGUCGACCGGCCGCGCUCAGCACAGAUGGUGAUCCAAGAAACAUUAGAGGAGCUACAGGAGGCGGACAUAUUUGAUCACCAUGGCAACACUGAAACAUCAAAACCUCUGAAUAAGGAAGAUAUGUCACUGGCAUUUGAUAAGUCAAAAACAAAAGUGCCAGAACCCAAAUCUCCAGACCCAAGUGUCCCAGAAUGGGAUUGGGGUGAUGACGAUCAGAAGAGCAGAGAAUCUGUUACAGAUGAGUUGGACAAUAAGUCACCUACUGAAGUGACCGAGACAGAUGCCACAGACAGAGAUGGUAGUGUCCCAUCGUCAGGGGGAGCUACUCCUGUCAAUACUUCUCAACCUAUAGAGAUACAGGCCUCCAGGCCCAAAGAACCUGUGCGUUCCCAAAGUUUUGAGGAAAAGCGGAGUCGUAGUCUGGAAGACAAACAUCCAGAAGUUAAGGAGCACACUGCUUUGAUAGAACGCCAUUAUCUGACUGUCCAUCUCCCUUUAGCCAGUGACCACCACCGGCGAUCAUGGUCAAGCAUAUUUUGCCUUGGGACUGAUAGCCUUAAAGGUUUAGACGAAAAUGUGAUCCCGGUUAUGGCGCGAGCAAAGUCUGCGUCGGUCCUAGGAACUUCGGCGUUUGGAGGUUUCAACAUGGUGCCAUCCUUACGUCCCCUCGAAACACUACACAACAAACUAACCAUGCGGGACAUGGAUUUAUUCUUCGGCCGUGUCACCACCACCAAGUUUACUCCAGUGUCCUCUCCACCAUACGGUUCCUCAUCCAACACACCGGUUGUCUCACCACGACCACCAGCAUUCCUCAGAGGGACAGGUAUCAGUCUGCCUUCCUCUAGUAAUUCCAGUGCUGGUCCAUCAUCUCCAACAUCAGGAUCGACACCAGUCGACCUUGUCAGUCAGCUCCGCCUCUACAUCAAGGAGAUAGAUUCUGGCCAAUCAGAAAUGUUGACUGGCCAAUCAGAAACAGACACUAGCCAAUCAAAUGAACCGACAGAAAAUAAAACUGAUAAGCCUUGUCAUGUAGCUCCCAACACUGAAGGAAGUAAGUCUGGAGAUCAGUACACUGGAAACAGAUUCAAAGUCAGUCAAACAGAGCAAGGAGCUGUUCCAGCAAGAUGUGAAAACACCCAAUCAGAACUCACCAUUCCUCAAACAAACUGUCAGUCAGACCAGGCUACAUCUGAAGGACGGGAAAAAAGUUCUGACUCAAAAUCAAAACAGACAGAUGUAGGAGAAUUACAGAAGGAUAAUGCUCCCACGUGUGAAAAUGACACUGAUAUAAAAGAUAUUGAAACAAAAACAAAAUUAAAAAGUGAUAAAUUUGUGAUAGAUAGUGUAACUGAUGAAAGCCACUGUUGUAAAUAAUGAUGCAGCCAUUGUUUUAUAUUGACACUAAAUUUACCUGUAAUGAUGUUUACAUGUAUUU